AUGAGUUCUGAUGCAGAUAUGGUUAUUUUUGGGGAGGCUGCUCCCUUUCUCCGGAAAUCAGAGAAAGAGCGAAUUGCAGCGCAGAAUAAACCAUUUGAUGCCAAAACAGCCUGUUAUGUCACUGACCCAAGGGAAGUGUACAUUCCAGCCACAAUUAAGAGUAGGGAAGGUGACAAAGUCACUGUGGAAACAAGAAAUAGAAAGACAAUAACUGUCAAAGAUGACCAAGUCUUCUUAAUGAAUCCGCCAAAAUUUGAUAAAAUCGAAGAUAUGGCCAUGCUAACCCACCUGAACGAAGCAUCUGUUCUGUUUAACCUCAAAGAACGUUAUUCAGCCUGGAUGAUCUAUACCUACUCUGGCCUUUUCUGUGUUACUAUAAACCCCUACAAGUGGCUGCCUGUGUACAAACCUGCCGUUGUCAAUGGUUACAGGGGAAAGAAACGUCAAGAGGCUCCUCCCCAUGUCUUUUCCAUCUCUGACAACGCCUAUCAGUUCAUGUUAACAGAUCGUGAAAACCAGUCUAUUCUGAUCACUGGAGAAUCUGGUGCCGGGAAGACUGUGAACACAAAACGUGUCAUCCAGUACUUCGCGUCAGUUUCAGCCAGUGGUGAUGCCAUCAAGAAAAAAGACAUCAAACUGCAUGGAACACUAGAAGACCAAAUCAUCCAGGCUAAUCCAUUACUUGAGGCCUUUGGAAAUGCCAAGACUGUGAGAAAUGAUAACUCAUCUCGAUUUGGUAAAUUCAUCAGAAUCCACUUUGGAGCUACAGGGAAGCUGGCAUCUGCUGAUAUUGAAACAUAUCUGCUGGAAAAGUCACGGGUUACCUUCCAGUUGAAAGCUGAAAGAAGUUACCAUAUUUUCUACCAGGUUACAUCCAACAAGAGGCCAGAACUAAUCGAAAUGUUGCUAAUUACCAACAAUCCCUACGACUUCCCACUCAUCAGUCAGGGUGAGAUUAGUGUGCCUAGUAUCAAUGAUCAAGAGGAAUUGAUGGCUACUGAUGAAGCUAUUGAUAUCCUGGGCUUUACUUCUGAGGAAAAAGCAUCUAUAUACAAACUCACGGGCGCAAUGAUGCACCAUGGUAACUUAAAGUUCAAGCAGAAGCAACGAGAAGAGCAGGCGGAACCUGACGGGACUGAAGUGGCUGACAAAAUUGCUUACCUAAUGGGAUUGAAUUCUGCAGACUUGUUAAAAUCUUUGUGCUUCCCACGAGUUAAAGUUGGCCAUGAGUUUGUGACCAAAGGGCAAACAGUACAACAGGUGAUCAACGCAGUGGGAGCCCUGGCAAAAGCAGUGUAUGAGAAGAUGUUUUCAUGGAUGGUCACGCGAAUUAACCAGCAAUUAGAAACAAAACAGUCCCGGCAGUAUUUCAUUGGUGUGCUGGAUAUUGCAGGCUUUGAAAUCUUUGAUUUCAACAGCUUUGAACAGCUGUGCAUUAACUUCACUAAUGAGAAACUGCAGCAGUUCUUCAACCACCACAUGUUUGUUCUGGAACAAGAGGAGUACAAGAAGGAAGGAAUUGAAUGGGAAUUCAUUGACUUUGGAAUGGAUUUGGCUGCUUGCAUUGAACUCAUUGAAAAGCCCAUGGGAAUAUUCUCAAUCCUUGAAGAGGAAUGUAUGUUCCCCAAAGCCACAGACAACACCUUCAAGAAUAAACUGUAUGAUCAGCAUCUUGGUAAGUCAACCAACUUCCAGAAGCCCAAACCUGCCAAAGGAAAGGCUGAAGCCCACUUCUCACUGGUCCAUUAUGCUGGCAUUGUGGACUACAACAUUAAUGGCUGGCUGGAAAAGAACAAGAACCCACUGAAUGAAACUGUUGUUGGCUUAUAUCAGAAAUCUUCAGUUAAGCUUCUGUCAGCUCUCUUUGUUUCUUAUGAUACUGAAGAUGCUGGUGCCCCGAGGAAGGGUGGUAAGAGGAAAGGAUCUUCUUUUCAAACUGUGUCUGCACUCUUCAGGGAAAACCUAAAUAAACUGAUGUCCAAUCUAAGAAGCACUCAUCCGCAUUUUGUACGAUGCAUCAUUCCCAAUGAAACGAAGACUCCAGGUGAAAUUGAAAACCAUCUUGUCAUUCAUCAGCUGAGGUGCAAUGGUGUGUUGGAAGGUAUUCGAAUCUGCAGAAAAGGAUUCCCCAGCAGAAUCCUGUACGGUGACUUUAAGCAAAGGUACAAAAUCUUAAAUGCCAGUGCCAUACCAGAAGGACAUUUUAUUGACAGCAAAAAGGCUUCUGAGAAACUGCUGAGCUCCAUUGAUGUGGACCAUUCACAUUAUAAGUUUGGCCAUACUAAGGUAUUUUUCAAAGCUGGUCUCCUGGGUGCUCUUGAAGAAAUGAGGGAUGAAAAAUUAGCUCAAAUCAUCACACGUACACAAGCCAUUUGCCGAGGAUACCUAAUGAGAGUAGAAUUUAGAAACAUGAUAGAGAGAAGGGACUCCAUUUUCACUAUCCAGUACAACAUUCGCUCAUUUAUGAAUGUGAAACACUGGCCAUGGAUGAAACUUUUCUUCAAGAUCAAACCUCUGUUGAAGAGUGCAGAAACCGAAAAAGAAUUGGCAAAUAUGAAAAUGGAGUUUGAAAAGACGAAAGAAGCACUAACCAAAUCUGAAGAACAAAGGAAGCAAUUGGAAGAGAAAAUGGUUAUCCUGCUUCAGGAAAAGAAUGAUUUACAGCUUCAAGUUCAGUCAGAGGCAGAUGGCUUAGCUGAUGCUGAAGAAAGGUGUGAUCAGCUCAUCAAAAGCAAAAUUCAAUUAGAAGCAAAGGUGAAGGAAUACAAUGAAAGAUUGGAGGAUGAAGAGGAAGUUAAUGCAGAGUUAACAAGCACAAAGAAGAAACUCGAAGAUGAAUGCUCUGCUCUAAAGAAGGAUAUUGAUAAUUUAGAAAUUACACUGGCUAAGGCAGAAAAGGACAAGCAUGCCACUGAAAACAAGGUUAAGAAUCUUACAGAAGAAAUGUCCGCCCUUGAUGAAAAUAUUGUCAAAUUAACGAAGGAAAAGAAAGCCCUUCAAGACGUUCAUCAGCAAAUCUUAGAUGAUCUGCAGGCUGAAGAGGAUAAAGUCAACUCUUUAACCAAAUCCAAAGCUAAAUUGGAACUGCAAGUGGAUGACCUUGAGUGUGCACUGGAGCAAGAGAAAAAACUUCGUGUGGACCUGGAAAGAGUUAAGAGGAAGCUUGAAGGGGAUUUGAAGUUGGUACAAGAUUCAUUAAUUGAUUUCGAAAAUGACAAGCAGCAAUUAGAAGAGAAAAUAAAGAAAAAAGAUUUUGACAUAAGCCAGUAUCAAAGUAAGAUUGAAGAUGAAAAGAUUCUUGGAAUCCAACUGCAGAAGAAAAUUAAAGAGCUUCAAGCCCGCAUUGAAGAACUUGAAGAAGAAGUUGAAGCUGAGCGCACGGCUCGGGCUAAAGCAGAGAAGCAAAGAUCUGACUAUUCCCGUGAGCUGGAGGAGAUCAGUGAGCGACUGGAAGAAGCUGGUGGGGCAACCUCAGUACAGAUUGAAUUGAACAAGAAGCGUGAGGCAGAAUUUCAGAAAAUGCGCCGUGACCUGGAAGAAUCUACCCUCCAGCAUGAAGCCACAGCUGCUGCUCUUCGCAAGAAGCAGGCUGACAGUGUUGCAGAACUUGGGGAACAAAUAGAUAAUCUACAACGUGUGAAACAGAAACUCGAGAAGGAAAAGAGUGAGCUGAAGAUGGAAAUUGAUGACCUUGCCAGCAACAUGGAGUCAGUUUCUAAAUCAAAGGCCAUUCUUGAAAAGACCUGCCGAACUCUUGAAGACCAACUGAAUGAAACGAAGACAAAACAUGAAGAACAUGUGCGUUUAAUGAGUGACAUGUCAACACAACAAAUUCGAUUACAGACAGAAAACGGGGAACUAAGUCGUUUGCUUGAAGAAAAGGAGUCCCAAAUUUCGCAGCUCAGUAGAGGGAAGCAAGCAUUCACUCAACAGACGGAAGAGCUAAAAAGACAAUUGGAAGAGGAAACCAAGGCAAAAAGUGCACUGGCACAUGCUCUUCAAUCAUCCCGCCAUGACUGCGAUCUCCUCCGUGAACAAUAUGAAGAGGAAGUGGAGGCAAAGGCUGAGCUCCAACGUGGAAUGUCCAAGGCCAACAGUGAAGUGGCUCAGUGGAGAACGAAAUAUGAAACUGAUGCAAUCCAGCGCACAGAGGAACUGGAAGAAGCCAAGAAGAAACUUGCACAGCGACUCCAAGAUGCCGAGGAUCAUGUUGAAGCAGCGAAUUCAAAAUGUGCUUCACUGGAAAAGACAAAGCUACGGUUGCAAGGUGAAGUGGACGACCUGUUGAUAGAUGUUGAAAGAGCUAAUGCUGCUGCUGCGGCGCUUGAUAAGAAGCAGAGAAACUUUGACAAGGUUCUGGCAGAAUGGAAGCAGAAAUAUGAAGAAACCCAAACUGAGCUAGAAUCAGCUCUAAAGGAAUCCCGUUCUCUAAGUACUGAAUUGUUCAAGAUGAAGAAUGUUUAUGAGGAGUCUUUAGACCAUCUGGAAACUCUCAAACGAGAAAACAAGAACCUACAGCAGGAGAUCUCUGAUCUUACUGAACAAAUUGGCGAGAAUGGAAAGACAAUCCAUGAGCUGGAAAAGGCCAAAAAACUGGCUGAACAGGAAAAGUCUGAUCUGCAAGCAGCAUUGGAAGAGGCUGAGGCUUCUCUGGAAAAUUCAGAAAGCAAAACCCUGCGUAUUCAGCUUGAAUUGACCCAGGUGAAAUCAGAAAUUGAUAGGCGGAUUGCUGAGAAAGAUGAGGAGAUCGAACAAAUCAAAAGAAACUAUCACCGGGCAGUAGAAACCAUGCAGGCAGCCCUGGAUGCUGAAAUCAGAAGUAAAAAUGAUGCCCUGAGGAUCAAGAAAAAGAUGGAAGGAGACAUGAAUGAAAUGGAAAUUCAGCUGAGCCAUGCAAAUCGCCAAGCUGCAGAAGCUGUGAAAUGUUACCGAAACUUACAAGCCCAGCUGAAGGAAUGCCAGUUACACCUUGACGAGGCUGUUAGAGGCCAAGAAGAACUAAAGGAGCAGAUGGCUGUGCUUGAAAGAAGGUGCAAUUUACAGCUUGCAGAAAUUGAAGAGCUAAGAGCAGCUGUUGAACAAACAGAAAGAGCACGCAAAGUGGCUGAGCAGGAACUGAUUGAUGCCAGUGAACGUGUACAGCUCCUACAUACUCAGAAUACUAGCCUGAUUAAUACCAAGAAGAAGCUUGAAAUUGAUAUUAACCAUCUUCAAACUGAGGUUGAGGAUGCCAUUCAAGAAUCAAGAAACGCAGAAGAGAAAGCAAAGAAAGCCAUAACAGAUGCUGCUAUAAUGGCAGAAGAAUUGAAAAAGGAGCAGGAUACUAGCGCUCAUUUGGCAAGAAUGAAAAAAAACCUGGAUCAAACUGUGAAGGACCUGCAACUGCGCCUGGAUGGGGCCGAACAGCUCGCCUUGAAAGGUGGAAGGAAACAGCUCCAGAAACUGGAGGCCAGGGUACGUGAGCUUGAGGGUGAACUUGAAGCCGAGCAAAAGCGAUGUGCAGAUGCAAAUAAAGGUCUUCACAAGUUUGAAAGGAAGUUCAAGGAGCUGACCUACCAGAGUGAAGAAGAUAGAAAGAAUAACUUGAGACUUCAAGACUUGGUUAACAAGCUGCAACUUAAAGUUAAAAACUAUAAACGGCAAUCUGAGGAGGCUGAGGAGCAGGCUAAUGUCCACAUAUCCAAAUUUAGGAAGGUACAGCAUGAACUAGAAGAGGCAGAGGAACGUGCAGACAUUGCAGAGUCUCAAGUGAACAAGCUUAAGGCUAAAAGCCGUGAUUUUGUCAGCAAGGAGAAGGGAUACAAGGAGUAA